CAUUUGCAUUUUUGCCGGAACGUAUACCUGCUUGUAAUUUGUUUUGCUGGCAUUUUGUGGCUAAUUCUUUUAUUACGUUCGUCAGGGUAGAUGGUUUAAAUCAGCCGGAGGAAUCGGUUAGAAUCUCUGGCUAAGUUUAAACGUGACUGUUGGUUGAAAUUCUCAGUAAUCGAAACAAUAAUGCCUUGAUUGAAAUAGCUUCAUCGGCACGACAGGCGCAUUUCGAUCGAUGUCAUCUCAGCUAUCCUAACUCCUCAAAUCUUACCCAGUAAGGUUUUUUGGAUUGCCUUUUCAGAUCUUGGAUCAGGAAAAGAAACUUAUUUCCUUGUGCGGAUAAUUAUAACAUGAACAUGGGGAACAGUUUUGUGCUUUUUGCUUCGCUGUUUGCCUUUAUAAUGGUUUAUCUCGCCGACGGGACAAGCGCCCAGCAUCCAGUGAAUUGCGAAUAUCAGUCCAGUGGGAAAGAACUGGUGUGCAAAGACAUCAUUGAUUCGUCUCAUUUCCAGGAUAUUACAGAAUCUACCCAGCUCAUUGUUAUCACAUCAGACACAUUGGCAUGCAACUGUGCAUUGAAAAGACUGAUACAAUGGAAAGAGGCCAUAUCAAUGUUGAGGAAUAUUGCUUUAGAAGGAGUCUGUUUUUCCACAGAGUACCCACAGGGUCGAUCUAUCGAUGAUCUACCUUCAGCAGACGUUCCAUGUGUUUCAGACUUUGAUGACGCUGUGCUUCUGCGAAAGAGGCGUGCUGUUGACGAGGCUCAAAAUGAAACGCAACCAAGUGCGAACAAAACCGUUACACCAGGUGGGUCGAUAUGGCCGUGUGAUUUCCAAGAAGGAUUCUGUCAGUGGUUUCAAUUAAAUGACGGAGACUUUAACUGGACGAGGCACCAAGGAAAGACAGCCUCGCAUAAUACCGGGCCUGACACAGAUGCAACCACAGGAACAACUGAAGGAUACUAUAUUUACAUUGAAACAUCGUUACCUCGCCGUCGUGAUCACAAGGCUCGGCUAGUUAGUCCAACACUGGCAGCAGUACAACCUAGCAACACUUGUCAAAUGGAUCUGUAUAUUCACAUGAAAGGUUCUCACAUCGGUGCCCUUAACAUUUACCAAGCUCCCGUUGUUGGUUUUACAGUCAAGAAACUGUCAAUCACUACAGACCAGGGUCAAAACUGGUUUAAACGACAAGUUCACUUUGACAGUGACACAGAAUUUCAGGUGAUUAUUGAAGGCGUUCGAGGCAGUCAGUACCAGGGUGAUAUUGCUUUGGACGAUAUCUCGUUCACAGCUGGCUGCAAGAGACUGGUCCCAUCUUAUGUGCGUCUUGCCAACGGUUUGCAAUUUAACGAGGGUCGCGUGGAAGUCUAUCACCAAGGAGUCUGGGGCCCAGUUUGUCAUGUUGGGUGGAGUCAAUCAGAUUCUUCAGUGGCCUGCAGGGAACUGGGAUUUAAUGAGAGCGUCUCAACAGGAGGCUCGCCACUGAGCGGUUCGUUUACCGGAUUGUACAAUGUCAGCUGUCAAGGCGACGAGAAGUCAAUCAAAGAUUGCGCAUUAGGGGCGUGGUCUAACAAUGCCAUGUGUCCAAACAACAACGCCAUCACAUUGAAUUGCUCAGGAAUCCUGCCUGUAUGCCCCGUGAAAACUCACAUGAAUUGUCCAGCGGACAGCAGUGGGUAUAAGUCGUGUAUCUCGCGGGCUCAACUCUGUGACUUCACCAAUGACUGCUGGGAUGGCUCCGACGAAAUACACUGCGAAAAUUACACACGUUGUGACUUCAAUGAUACGGGCCUCUGCGGCUGGCUGCAGGCGAAAAAUGACCAGAUGAACUGGACACGACACCACGGCAGUACUUCCUCCAUAUAUACCGGCCCAUCGAAGGACCACAAUGGCAAUGUUGGCGGUUUUUAUUUGUACAUAGAAGUUUCCGGUCGGCAAGGUGGCGAAAAGGCCAGAAUGCUCGUCACUCCGAGAUUUCAAGGCGAUAACAAUGGGCUGUGUAAAUUGAGGUUCUAUUAUCAUAUGCAAGGAUCUGGGAUCGGCGCUCUCCGCGUGUUAGUCGCUGACCGGUAUUCUCAGCGUACACUGUGGACGAAGUCCAGUUCGCAGGGCAUCGACUGGGCCAGAGCUGAAAUACCUCUUGUCAACAUGUCUUCGUCGUUUUAUGUGAUGUUUGAAGGCGAGCACAGAGGAGUCAGUCCACACGGGGACAUAGCUAUUGAUGACGUGUCGUUUACGCCUGAGUGCAGGCCUGCGCCUCAUGAAAACGUCGCGUGUAGGGACGGUACCUUUCAAUGUCGAAGUGGCGAGUGUAUUUCUUUGUCUCUUCAGUGUGACUUUAAUGAUGACUGUUUCGACGGUUCGGACGAGCUAAACUGCGGACUCCAGACACCAGGGAGAUGCGACUUUGAUGUAGACCUUUGCCACUGGCAAAAUUUGACAGAUGAUGAUUUCGACUGGCAGAGACACACUGGAGACACUCCCAGCAUUCAAACUGGACCUAUGUACGAUCACAGCAAAGGUUAUAGAGGUGGAGGUUAUUACUUGUACAUAGAGGCUUCUUCCCCGCGGAAACAAGGUGACAUAGCCCGGAUCAUGAGCCCGCAGUUUAUGUGGAAGAACGUGGCCAACUGUACGCUUCGCUUUUAUUACCACAUGACUGGCCUCUGGGGAUGGUCACAGUCGAUAGGGACUCUGAGAGUUCGUCUGAGAAAUACCAUCACUGGCGUGGAAACUGCUCCCUUGUGGGAAAAAUCUAGUGACCAAGGGAACUCGUGGAUUAGAGCUGAUGUUGCCAUAAACACAACGUGGACUGUGUCCCAGGUUAUAUUUGAAGCUGAGAGAGGAGCGACAUUCCAUAGUGAUAUCGCCAUUGAUGACAUAUCAUUCUCGGCCCAGUGCUACCCGUCAGAAGCCGUGCACAUCUACAAGAAUUACGACGUUCGUUUAACGGAUGGUAAAGAUGGCUCAUUUGAAGGGCGCGUCGAGGUGUACCGUGUAGGUGCCUGGGGCACGAUUUGUCAUGACGGCUGGGGUCCUAACGACGCCCAAGUUGUGUGCAAACAGUUAGGGUACGCAGGAGUGAAGAUUGUCCAUAAAAAGUCCUAUUUUGGUGAAGGGCGGGGACCGAUCUGGUUGGAUGACCUCGCCUGUAACGGAAGCGAGACUAACCUUGGUCAAUGUUCCCACAAUGGAUGGGGGAGCCAUGACUGUACUCACGCACAAGAUGCCGGCGUUGUUUGCGACACAGAUGGUGGCAGUGCAACAAAAGCUUUGAGGCUUCGAGAUGGUAAUGGUACACGCAGUGGACGAGUGGAGAUUUAUUACAGUGGCUCAUGGGAAGCCAUAUGUUUCGAUGGCUGGGAUAUCCAUGAUGCCUUUGUGGCGUGCCGUCAGCUGGGAAAUUCUGGUGCUGAUCGUAUCACACGCGAAACAGCCAAGGGGAUUACGAGUUCGUUGAAAAAGGUGCGGUGUAAAGGAAACGAGAAUACGCUGGGAGAUUGUGAUCAUGAUGGUUGGAGUGUGGGAAACUGUAGCUAUGGAUAUGCUGGUGUUGUAUGUACCGAGCAAGGAACUGCCGAAGGAAAUAUACGACUUCGCGGCGGCAGCUCUGAAAAAGAAGGCCGUGUUGAGGUGUUUCACCGGGGAGAAUGGGGUACAGUUUGUGAUGACGGCUGGAAGACAGAGAACGCUAGAGUUGUCUGUUUUGAACUUGGUUUCACAAGCGUGAGAAAAGUUUCGCAGAGUUUCGGACCCGGCGCUGGAAAAGUGUGGCUGAGUAGAGUUAACUGCUAUGGAAACGAGUCUGCCCUCGUCAAGUGUCGCUAUACUCAGUGGGGAUCGAGUUCUUGUCGACACUCGGAAGAUGUUGGUGUUAUAUGCUCGGAUGAAGCUUAUGUCGGCUGCUACAAAGACACACGGGAUCAUGUCAUGACUCACGAAUUCACUGCACCAACAAUGACCCCUGUGAAGUGUGUGCGCCGUUGCCAAAGCAAGGGCUUCAAGUACGCAGGCGUGGAAUGGGCUAAUGAGUGUUACUGUGGAAAUCACUAUGAUAGAUACGGUAAUUCUUCCUCGUGUAAUCUUCCAUGCAUUGGAGACUCCAAAAAAAUCUGUGGAGGACCAUGGGCGCUCUCUGUCUAUAAUACUGAUCCAGCAAUAGUGCCCACUGCAAUACCUGGACAUGACCCAGUGACACAAAGUUGCACAAGACGUUUUUAUUUUGUUCUCCAGUGGCACUAUAGAAUCACUCAACAAUUCUUUGGCGGCAAUCACAGAACGGGUUGGAUUACAUCGCCAGAUUUUCCAAACGACUAUUCUCAUAACACCGAGUGCAUCUGGGUUUUAAAACUCUUGCCUGGGACGCGAGCAAAAGUCACUUUCAAAUCUUUUCGAACUGAACGAAAUCGCGACGAGGUGGAAAUAAGGGAUGGAGAGAAAGACUAUUCUGUGCUUCUUACCCCUACUGGUGGACUGUCUGGUGAUAAUAACAACUACUCAGUCAUGGCUUCCGGUAACGUGAUGUGGAUCAAAUUUAACACCGACUUUUCAGUCUCCAAGAAGGGAUUCAACCUCACAUAUGAAGCCGUUGGUGCCCCGACUGUUGCUCCUCCAAGUACCUCGCCAGUAACAACAACUAUUGCGCCAUCUGAACUGCCUCUUUAUCAGAUGGUAGAAGGAGGAUGCAACGGCAAUGAUGCUGUGAACACAACAUAUGGCUACUUUGACUGGUAUCACAACACUGGUUUUGUUCAAAGCACCAACUACCCAGCAAACUACCUCAACAACCAGGACUGUCGAUGGUUUAUCAAGGUGGCACCCGGCUACCGGAUCCAUGUGACAGUAGAUAAGGCCGACAUCGCCUAUGCAACGCAUGUUGGGAGCCUGGGCGACAGUUUGCAUGUGGAUGACGGGAGAUCUUUCAGAAGUUCCCAUGAUUACCUGCCGCCGUGGACUUUUUUGUCGGCCGGUUCUCUUGUACGUGUUCGUUUCGAAACAGACGCACAUGACACUGGAAAGGGAUUUUAUCUCCGUUACGAAAGAGUCAAUGUAACUGAAGAAAGUUCCACCGCACACACGCCUCGUUUGACGACCUCUGUACAAGUAUCUGUUUCGAGUCCGCAGAUGACGUCUACAGCCCAUUUAAUCCUGGCAUCAACAAGUACAUCGACUGUGUUAAUAUCAACAAUCCAGGCAUCGAGCCCUCCUGUCCGAGCGCCAAUUCACGAGACAGACAAUAAUACCACAACAAUUACGUCAUUGUCAGCGACCUUUAUGACGUCAUCUUCAGUCACUUUGACAUCUGCGGUAACAGCGACGCAAGUAACUGAACAUUCCGUCACAGUUUCCACCGAAGGACCAACCACACCUGCUGAAGAAAAUACCCAGGCGCCUCGUAAAGGAAAUCCCGACAAGCAGAGUGGUUUGAGCGGAGGAGUGGUAGCCGGAAUAGUAGUAGCACUGGUGUUGGUGUUGGUGGUGCUGGUGGUUCUUGUUUAUCUGUUUCUUAAAAAGAAAAAGAAGGCUCAUAACCAGGGAGUCCGUCACGGAUUCGUUAACGCAGCCUACGACAACCUAGAUGCAAUGAACAUGACACCCGUGGAACGCACAGCUCAACCAGCCAAUCGUAGCCAGGUACCUACACAACAAGUACCAAGCGAAGAGCCGGUAGCUUACUUCACAGCUGCUCCUCCGCCAUACAGUCAAACAGCUCCCGGGGGUGUUUAUUUUGUACCAUUCGCCGCUGGUCCAGGGGUAGCAAUGGCCCCCAUGGCGAUGGAUAAUCCUGGGUACGCUUCACUGUACGCGGCGCCUCCGGCGUAUGAAUCCACGCCGCGUUCAGGAGCGAACCGGACUACUACAACGGGAAUUGGGUCAGUGACCAGUCUGCGGGAAGCUGCCAAAGAUGACGGAACUUCAGCAGCAAACGGCAGUAUUCCAGCAGCACCGCUUUCGAGAGCUGCCCUUCCUCCCAUCCGGGGUAUCCACGGGGCAGCCGAGCAACAGAAAAAAGAACUUCCCCAAGUGGAGGAAGCUGGCCCUCUCCCCGAUAAACCUCCACUGUCCGACCCUCUGACCGUUAACACGCCACCCGAGCCCUCAGCUCCCUCCAGGCCUCCAUCAGCCAGUUCUCAGAUUCGUGUCGUGUCGCCGGUCGCCUCAGUGGAAGAUCAGUUUGACGAACCGAUUCCAUUCGAAUUCCUUUGCCCAAUCUCGAACAAGAUCAUGAAGGAUCCUGUCAAAGCUGCCGAUGGCUAUAAUUAUGAACGCAGGGCUAUUCGUCGCUGGUUCCGUAAGAAACGAAGCAGUCCAAUGACAAACGAGACCUUGACGGAUUUGGAAGUUCGGCCGAACGAUGAGCUUCGAAACCGCAUCGAACGUUUUGUGAGAGAACACUCUGAAGUGUAAUAUUUGAACGUGUUGGUGUGAAACGAUGUUGUUUUCUUUUUAUUUUGCUUAUUUUUUAUCAAUUUUUUGUCUUAAUAUACAUAUGUUUUGAUGUUUUGGUGUGGCAUUAUCUCAAGAUUGCUUUAAAACUUGUGUGCCAUGACUGGUUAGUGCGUAGAAAGUUUCUUCUCAUUCAGUCAACUUAUUUUCUCAUUUAACAAGUUAGGUCUCAGGCAACGUUGUUUUUGACUUCAUAUUAACGGUCACGAAAGCUCUUUGCUAUAUAUAACACCACUGUUGGAGUACAAAAAAUGCAACAUUCAGAGUUUACCGUGCAGUAAUGUCGUUUAGUAAGAUUAUGCUAUGGUUAGUAUCGCUAGAGAGGGAAGUGGCUGCGGAAAAUUAAUGUAUUGCUAUGUAGAACGAGGUAAUGGCUCGCAAGUAUUUAAGGAUGUUGGCGUCGGUUAAGUAAUUUUAUUUUAGGUCAUUGUUUCGCUUUCAGUUUUAUACAUAAGUUAUUACAUUUAUAAAACAACUUAGUUAUGUUAGUUCUAAAACAGAUUAAUAUGUUGCCGUUGCAGUCUGAAACACUUACCCGUGAUUUGCUAAACUUCGCUAUUGCACCACUGUAGGUUCGUUUUUUAUGUGUUACAGUUAGUGACGGAAUAAUGGUGUUAGAAUUGAAAACUAAGCCCUUCAGUGACAUGAUUGUGAAGAAACUAUAACCUUUUCAGUUUAAAAGAUAUACGAUGGAAAAAAAAGUCUUUAUACUGUUUUUUAAAAUAAUUUCACCUUGUAUUGAGCAGGUUUAAGCCGAAAGUUUGCUGAAAUGAUCAAAUUGAGUCAGGGAAAAUUGAAACAAUUUAACACGGCUGAUUUAAUACUAUUGAAGGAUGGAAAAAAACAUUUGGGGUCACUGUGAUCUCAAUGAUGUUUUCCCUUAAUGAAAAAGGAAAAUCUGUUGAAAACUUAGUAGUCUUAAUGUGCAGAAAGGAAGGCUGUGAGAUGAGGCCAGAAGCCGGCCGCUACUAGAUCUGACAUUUUGUAUUUCAGUAUUUGGUCAGGGAAAUCUUAUUUUUAUCGGGAAAAGUCAGGGAAUUUUGAAAAGUGAUCCCUGUGGCAACCAUGUUAACACGUUCAGGUACUGACUAGUUUAAAAUAGUUUCAUUAAAAUUUAAAUUUCAUUCA